UUAGUUUUAUCCCGCAUUUGCCUCGCACAUCAUAUGCGGGAAAAAGGCUAAAAACGUCCCCGAGAAAUGGCUUAGCCUUUUUAGCAAACUGCACACGCAAUGCCUUCUCAAUUCUCAUGCCUUUCCAUCCUUCGCUGACUCGCGCCCCUGCCUCCGACAAGCUGCCGUCCAUCGUCACCCUCCUCAAGUCCUGCAAGAACUCCGCCCACAUCCACCAGCUGCACGCCCAGAUCAUCGUCAUGGGGCUCGAGCAGGACCAGUUCGUGGCUUCCCACUUCGUCUGCCUCUCCUACUCCCUCUCUUCUCUCGCCUACUGCUCUCGCUUCUUCGGCGGCAUCCUCGACCCGAGCCCCGUCCUUUGGAACUCGCUCGUCAAAGGGUACUGCGAGAGAGCCUCCUGGGUCGAGACGCUCUCGGUUUUCGGGCGCAUGAGGAGAGCCGGAGCCGUGCCCGACAAGUUCACGUACCCGUCGGUCUUGAAAUCUUGUGCCGGCGGGUCGAGGGUGAGAGAAGGGAGGGCGGUUCACGGGGGUGUCGUGAAGAGUGGUCUCGACGGGGAUGUGUUCGUGGGCACGAGUUUGGUUGAUUUGUACGGCAAGUGUGGCGAGAUAGUGUGCGCGCGGAAGGUGUUUGAUGCAAUGCCCCAGCGAAGUGUGGUUUCUUGGACGGCUAUGGUGGUCGGUUACAUCGGUGCUGGGGAUUUGGUUGAGGCGAGGAGACUUUUUCGGGAAAUGCCGCUGAGAAAUGUGAAGUCUUGGAAUGCGAUGAUCACUGGGCUUGCCAGAGUGGGUGAUCUGAGGAGUGCUAGGGAACUUUUCGAGGAAAUGCCUGAGAGGAACGUGGUUACUUUCACUGCAAUGAUUGACGGGUAUGCAAAGGCUGGGGAUAUGGUGUCGGCAAGGGCUUUGUUUGAGCAAGCGCCUGUGAGGGAUAUGUUCGCUUGGUCGUCAAUGAUAUCGGGAUAUGCACAAAAUGGUCUACCAAAUGAAGCUGUGAAGGUUUUUGUUGAGAUGGUGUCAAAGAAUAUCAAGCCUGAUGAGUUCACGUUGGUUGGCCUGAUGUCGGCUUGUUCCCAAGUGGGUUGUGGGAAGUUAGCCAAGUGGGUCGAUUCUUAUUUAAGCGAGAGUUCAAUUGCUCUCGAGACAGCUCAUGUUGUUGCAGCUCUAAUAGACAUGAAUGCAAAAUGUGGGAACAUUGAGAGAGCUACAGAAUUGUUCGAAACAUUGCCUAAACGAGACAUCAUUUCCUACUGUUCCAUGAUACAGGGGCUAUCGAUGCAUGGAUGCGGGGUAUUGGCAGUGAACCUCUUCACUAGGAUGCUCCAGGAAGAUAUUAAUCCUGAUGAGGUGGCCUUCACGGUUAUUUUAACUGCUUGUAGCCGUGCUGCACUGGUAGAUGAGGGUUUGCAAUUCUUUGAGAUGAUGAAAAAUGAGUACUCCAUAGUCCCCUCCCCUGAUCAUUUUGCAAUCAUGGUCGACCUCCUUAGUCGGUCAGGACGGCUAAAUGCAGCUUACGAGCUAUUGAACACAAUGCCCAUGGAGCCCAAUGCUUGCGCAUGGGGUGCACUUCUCGGGGCCAGUAAGUUGCAUGGUGACCUUGAGUUAGGGGAGGUGGUUGCUCGGAGACUUUUUGAGCUUGAGCCCCAAAAUGGUGGAAACUAUGUGCUUCUCUCCAACAUAUACGCCGCUGCGGAUCGGUGGGUGGAUGUUUCUCUUCUCCGGAAUCAAAUGAAGGAGAGGGGAGUUAGAAAAGUCCCUGGCUGCAGCUGGAUUUCUUAGUAACCAAUUUCACCAUUACAUCACUUAAGCAUGUCAUGCCUUCUAAAAUUUGGUGCAUGGCAUUUCGGAUUUGAGAAGAAUUACACAGUGGAGUUAGGGUCUAGGUGUUCAACUCAUAUUGGAGAAAGUGAGCUUAGAUGCAUUAGUUCAGUAUUCUUCGCAAUCUGAUGUCUAAAACCACUUCGGUUUGCAGGGAAGUGAAAGUCAUACAGUUGGGAAACUACUAAUGUUUACUUGAUUGUUUUGAAACCUGUCUCUGUUCAAAACACUUUUGAGUUCAUCUCAGUAGCAACUCUCAUUUUUUUUUAACUGUUGAGUGUUCGCCACUACCGUGUUCUUGAAUUUUGCUUCAAGAGAAAGUUGAGGAAACUCUAAAUAUAUUUAUUUUUAUCACAUUUUCUUGCUCACUGUUGGUACUUUUAGAUUUGCCAGAUCUAAAUCAAGCCAAGUACAUGCUGAGUAAUCGAGCAAUGGAUUUUUUUGAUCCCUGCUAAAAUUGGAAAAUGUGGGUCUUCCCUGGUUACGCCGUACUUGUCAUCCAUAGUCCACAACGACAGACUCAAGAGAGCCAAUUUAACUGGAAAAGGGGCGGGUUUGGCCACUCUGAUGCCCACGGAGAGUCUAUUGAGCUCAUGAUACCCAUCAUUGGCACAAAGGAUUGUUGAGUCCUGUAAGUACUCACCUUCUCGAAGUAGCAAAGGGAAAACCAGUUUCAGUGGGGUAGCUGGCUGCUAUUCUUUGGGAAAUGAAUGAGAUACCAUCGCCAAGAGUGAAGGAGGAAUCAGAAGAAAGAAGGUUGAAGAAGGAGGGAAGCGGGAGAGAGAGGAUUGUCAGCUCUGUGCAAUAAGGUUUUUACCCUCCACAUUCAUCCGAUCCAUCUCACAGUCCUUUUUCAGAAGGGAUGGAUCGAUCUGGAAGAGGCAGUCACAGGAGAAUAUUACCAUCCUUUUCCCAAAGGCUUAGGGUGACAGAGCAAAAUGGUGGCGCUCUUGGUUCUAUUAGCAACAGCAGUUUAAUGGAGGUAAAGAUCUCUUCUUCGAAAGUGCUGACAGAAAACAAAUCUCGAGCCCAGACACCUCGUGGUCAGAUUGUAGGAGUAAAGACUCGUUUUAAGGAUGUCAGCUAUGCUUUGACCACAUCAAAGAGCAGCUGAAGAUUAUAUGUUUCAAGUGGGCCCAUGAAGAUUGGCAGUCAUCAACAUGUCCAUUGUGUCAGCUUUGCAUGCUGAACUUCAGGGGG